AUGAGCUUAGCUUCCGGAAAUUCACAAAACCCCGGCACGAAAAGUGUCAAGGAACAUGCAACUGAACAGCCUGCUUCCGCCUCCCCGGAGACGAAUCCCGUGAACCAUCGAGUCUUUGAACGCAAGUUGCGCCCUAAGCCUUCUGGCCGAGGGCACGUCUGCCUGGGUGUCACAAAUCGUCGUCCCCUAUCCUCUAAGGAUACAGGACGGAAACUGGUCUCCCGUGUGUUACCGUACGCGGUUGGCCAAAAUCCGAGCUGA